ACGAAGACGAUCGAUUUGUAUGCAUUUUGCGAAGUAACUGCUUUGGUCUUGGAAUUUCCAAGAUGACGCUACGAGAUAUGAUUUGAAAAUGUCCAAAGAAACAGUAAAGUUACCAUCUAGAAAGACAACCUCACCAUUGAAUGUGAUGAAAGGAACAUGUAAUGGGAGUAUUUCACAGCCAGUUCUUGAAGGUGCAGGUGAUGAUGCACUUCAUCGUUCUCAGUUUCAAAAUAAUUCUGGUCAGAAAUUGUGCCAAGGCAUGGGAAAAAUAAAUGACAUAAGUUUGCUUAAGAAACAAGCAAAGAAUGGUCCGGUUACAACAUCAUUAAGCCUAAACAAUGUGUCACCUUCAGCAAGUGAUGCUGAUGGAUCACGUGAUUCUUUUUGUCUUUAUUCACCAUGGUCUCACAAAACUUUUCAGUCUCAUAACAGUUCUCAUACGGAUGGUCAGGGAUAUAACCAGGAUUUGGCAAGUAUCAGGCAUGGAUGUACUGUGCAACCCUAUGCUGCAGGAGCACAUGAUAAUUACUUUUUUGAUGGAGUGAGUCACUCUGAAGAAAGAAUUGAGCCUAUUUACAACAACAGUGAAAAAUCUGUAUGGGACAUGGUGUCAAAGAUAGUUGAUGAUGAUUUUCUUCUUGCUAAUGGUUCAUUCGACGUAGGAGAUCCACUGACAGCACAUCUAACCAAUACUGAUUUUGCCUGCCAUUUAUUUGGCUCAUCAGAUAUUGCUUCACCAGGAGCUUGGGGACCCAAAAUUUCAGAAGAUGCUCAUGUCUCUAUAGGAAAUGGUUCUUCUGAAUGUCAUUAUAAUUGUUACAACUUUGAUAAGAUUGGUACAAAAAAGAAUAUUGGAUCAGACUGUUACUCAGAUUCUAUAUGCAGCCAAAAUGAAAACUUCAUAGAUGCUGCUAAUUAUGGGUCAGGAAGAAAUAUGUCAUCACAAAAAAUAGCCCAUAACCAGUUGAAGCAUUCUUUACAAUCAAGAGUGAAUUUUGGUGGAUUUGAUGAAGGAGAUUAUUAUCAACCAGUGUCUAACCCUGUUCAUUAUAAUGAUGGUUUCAAACCAGAAUCAGAAGUUGAAGGCUCUCAGUUCUGUUCAUCACACAUUUUGAAUGGAACAUUAAGAGAACAACUCCAGCAGCAGUUUUGGAUGAAUGAAGAUAUUGAAACUGGUAAUAAAGACUUCACUGGUGACUUUGCCAGUUCCACUGCAAACCAGUUACCUCUUUUUCCACCUUUUCAGCAUUUUGAAAAUUGUUAUCAAGGAUCUUGUCACCCUAGUGUUUUAGAAAACUUUGUUGAUGGGUCAAAGAAAUUUUAUUUUGCCAGAGAACAACAAAUAAAUUCAGAUGAACACAAGUUAUCUGGCCAACAGUCCUCAAAAUUGAAUUGCAGUUUUCGCUCAGUGGGGUAUCCUAGAGCUAUACGAGCUGGAUCUGAUUGUUCAAAGAAUCCAAAUUUACAUGCUGAUAGUACUUUCAGCAAUGUUGUGCAGAAUCAAGGUGAUUUUAUCCCUGUAGACACUGGUAAUCCUGGGCAAGAAUCAUUUAUGCCUCUUUUAAGUGCUAGUCAUCUUCAGAGAAGUGAUAGGAUUUCAUAUGCCUCACCAGCUAUCACUGGACAUGUAAUUCCGCAACAAAAUCAGACUAACUCAAACCAGCAACUGCCUCAUCCAUAUCAUAACUUUCCAAGAAACAUUAACCAGCGACAUCAAGCAUUUCGUAAAAAUUCAAAUAUACAACGGAAUCUAGACAGCAAUUUUACAUUGGAACUUGGGUCUCAAAUGUCACAAUCCAGAGGAAAUACUGCAACUUCGUUUGGCUUUAAUACAAAAAAAAGUCUUCCUACAUCAUCACAUGCAGAAAUCCAGUCUCUGCCUAAUGGCUGUUAUACUGCCCUAAAAGGUGAUUGUUUACCAACUGUAUCAUCAACCAUGAGCUAUGAUGGUCUCAAAAAUGGUUUGGGAAACCAAAGUGGAGUUUUAUCAGGAUUGGAUAAAAUAUCAGUUAAUGGUAUUAAUUGUCCUUCUCAGAUCAGUUUACUUACAACUCUUGGUUCACCACCCAUUUCAAUUCAAACAUCUGAAUUUGUUGAUCAUCCUUCUCAGCACCCAGUGAGAGGAGUUUUGCAUCCCCAGUUUUUGUCUGAAUAUCUUUCCCCAGAUCUUUUUGGAUUUUCAUCUGGCUCUAAUCCACAUAACCAGGCAUUGAAAUAUUCUGGACCAUUUCCUUCUCCUUCUAUUGUUGAUUCAACUAAUGAAGUUUACCAACCAUUUGAUGCAUGUUUCCAAGGAAAAGGAAUUCAGCCAUUUUAUGGAACUGGUGAAGUAUUUUUUGACCAAAUACCACCAACAGCAAUUUUACCAGUUGGAGCACACUUCUUUGGAGCACGAACACUAAGACGCAGUGGUCCUUCAAAUGAGCUCCAUCUUCGUCUUGAAGAAUGCUAUGAACAGUUCCGAAAUCUUGAGAAAGAAAGAAAAAAGACAGAAGCUGAGUUGGCCAGACAAAAUCCAGGUAAAAAAAUAUCAAGCACUAAUAACAUUCCUAUUCCUCGGCUGCCUCCAAACCCUUCUCGUGUUGAUCGUUUAAUAGUUGAUGAAUUAAGAGAACAUGCAAAAGUUAUUACUUUAAUUGCAAAAAUGGAGCAACUGAGAGCCUCAGAUAUACACAAAAACAUUCAUAAAUCUAUGGAAAAAUGGCUGGAGGCCAUUCGCAAUGUUCAAGCUCGUCGAAGAGAUGAGAUCAUUAAUGCGACCAAUCGUCAUCGUGGUGGUGGUAACAGAUUCCAAGAAGAUAAAGUUUUCACAUCCAGAAUACCUUUCUCUGCAGAUGUUAUUGCUUUGGCAGCAAGUAUCAAUGAACUGAGUAAAGCUUCUCGAGGAGCUCGCACCUCCAUGUGGUGUGCCUUAGUCACAACCAUUUUAUUCAGUGUGGAUCCAGAUCUAGCAUCAUCCCAAUCCUUUUCUGAUGAUGCUCAACUAAAAGAACAAGAAUCUCUUUCUUGCAAGACUUCUAGCGAGUCAUUCCUACCAGAAAAAAGCACCAUAUCGGUCACAAAAACUAAUAUAAUCAGUCCAUUGCCUACAGUCGAUGUAAUUGCCUCUACAGCUACACCCUUUAAUCCUGUUAUCAUGUCACAGAAGAAUAAAUAAUCUCUCAACUGCAAUUAUAAGGUGAAGGGGCAUGAAGAGAAGAGUUUUCAUGUUCUGUCUCUAUUUUUCACUACCAAAAUAUUUAUUUACAUAAGUUCACAUUCUUAAGUGUAUACAACUUCCUGUGUAUCAAGUUAUUGUCUUUGUUUUUCCAAAUUUUGCGGUGAAGAAUGGUGUUAUCCAAUGCUUUUUUUCUUAUUGAUAAAGUUCAUUUAAAAAAUUAAUAAUUGUUUUUUCAAAAUAUGUUGA